AUGUCAGAAAACUUCCAAAGUUCACCUUUCAUUGGGACAGAAAGCGGUCUUCAGCCAUCUUUGUCUGUGAUGAGCAACUCUACACACUCAGGAAGGGUGUGCAACACCUCCAGUGCCUCUACCCCAGCUGUGAGUUUAGCAUGGCUCCUGCCACCAAGCACCAACACUUCUCUCCAGCUGAUCACAGGCAGAGCCUACCUUAACCCACAUGCUGGCAUGACCAUGAUGGUGGAGCUGACUGACCAGAGCCAGAACUCAACCUCUGCACUCUUCAAUCCAGGUGUUUUCAAGUGGGAUCUCACAGAAAGCAAAGAGAGGGGAGAUGCCCUCCAGGAAUUCAAUAUGACCAUCACUGACCAGGACACUGCACUCUCCCCCCUGUCUGUGACAUCCCAGUGUGAUAAAAUUUUAGAUCCCAAUACCAUAGCCCCUUUCCAUCCAUCACUUUUAACCAGUUUUGUCCAAGUUACGCCACCACAGGUACCAGAUCAAGGAUACAGCCUGGCACCUUCCUACCAGGAUGGCAGCCAGGUGCACUACUACAACCACAAGAGCCUGGACCGUCUGAUACCCGGUGAACUAGGACAGUGUCUGCAGCUCUACAGCUCUGUGUCCUACCCUGUGAGCCAGGAGUCUGCCCCUCAACAAGAGAUGGUGAUGGUGGGAAAGGAGGUUCAGCCAAGGAAUGUCCAAAUACCAAUCUCCACCUCUGGCUUCUCCUAUUCCACAUCUGAUCAAACUAUGCCAGACAUCAGUCUUCCGGUGGUGGACAUGGAGACGUCCCAAGGAUUGCUACCGUCGGACCAGACAGUCUGUCUGUUGCAGAGUCCAGAACUCUGCAAUAUUUCCACUGAGGUUCUCCAGAUGAGGACACCACCUGUCAAUGGGGACAGAUUAUUAACAGCCCCCGUGUACACUUCUUCGAAAUUCCUGACCUUGCCUCUAGCUCCAAGCCUGGAACAAAGAGAGAAUGAAAACAUGCUUGAGAUGAAAGCUGAGCUGUCAAUGCCUCCGGAUGCCUAUGACGGCAUUAAAGAAAACCAAGGUCCAUCACACCUUCCUUUAGUGCACCCUGAUUGCACUGAUACAAGAAGUCUAAGACCGAAGUCUGCUUCUAACAAUGCCAGCAUGGAAGGCAUCAGUGUGGGGCUAGAAGAACAGGAGAAGCCGGAGAAUGAGACUGGAUCCAGAAACAACUUUGACGACCUCACUACACUGGGAGCAGGUGAUCACCUUCCCCAAUUCUUCAAAACCCUCAAAGACAUAGACCGGUGUCCUCCCCUUCAGAGCUGGAGAGUCAUGAGCAGCUCCUCUGAAAAGGUGACAAAGAAUGACCUAAAAGCCUCUGACCUGCUCGAUGGAGCUCUUCAGGCUAAAAUCCAGCACCAGGACCUGGUCAGGGGAGAGGGGAGUGGGGGCUAUGCAAAGCACAAGGAAAGAGCUAUUGACAACAUCUCAAAGCAUCUGGAGAGCAAAGCUCCCAAAGAGNCACCCAGCAGGCACAGCAGAGUUAGAAAACAGGGGCAAGAAAGACCAAGUGGGCCAGAGAACAACUCCAAGAAACCAGAGGAGCUUAAGGAGUCAAGGAACAGAGUCAAAGCAGAAGAGAAGCCCACCAUCCCCAAGACCAAGAGGAAGAGGAACCCACCUGAGCUCAGUCAAAACAGCUUCAAGAAGCCUCGAACCAACCUUGCAAUGCACAUGCUGGAGUCUGUGCAGGUCUUCCACCCACUGGGGAAGAAGAGUGAGAAGAAAACUGGCAUCUCUUCCUUUGGGGGUCUGCAAACCUCGACCAACAACAGAGAUCGAGGCCCAGGCCCAGCCACGCCAGCACUGCUAGAUAUGCCACCUGAGGGCCGGGGUCCUGACAGAAUCCCAGGCAAAGCUCAGAGAGCAAAGAUCAGUGCUCAAAGAUCAGAUGUACACAAGGAGUGUACAUCUCCAUCCCAGUAUGAGCUGCCCCCGCCUGGGAAGGUCAAGUUAGUACCUUUGCCUUUCCCAAUGCUGGACCAGCCUCAAGCCAGACCUGCUUCUAAAAAGCCUCUCCCCCUGGCUUCACACAGGCCCACUGCAGUUUACCCUGUGAGGCUUCAUCCCCACUCAGCUCAUCCAUCCCAACCAGCUCCUGUCAGCACAUCUCUCAUGGCCUCUACCAAGUCAGCUCCUCCAAUUUCCUCCAGUGCUACACAACCAAAUGUAGCCAACACCAGUCAGUCUAGUGCUAUGCCACAGUUGGCCUACAUGAGGCCUGUACCCUACAGAGCAUCCUCUCACACUUCAUUCCAGAGAGAGCUUAUUUCUUCUGCCAGGAACAAGGCACCAUUACCACCCAAACCUCAAACCCAACAUCGACUGCAAGACUUCAGCUGCCAAUCAAUCCCAUGGAGGAAAGUCGACAUUCUGGGACCAGUCAUCUCACAGCCCAUCACAAAAGAGCAGAGGCCACAGAGGGAGGCCAUGAAGAGGAGGGCCCAACAGGAGCGUGAGAAUGCUGCCAAGUGUAGCUCUCCUGGGAAACUACAGCUUUUCCUUCACAGGGAAACCGAUAUAGAAAUUUCUCAAUAUUAUGGCUAUGCAAUGUAGGAGCUGGCCAGACCUUUGUAACAUAGUACUUUUGAUGUAUAUAAUGACAGGUACAGACACAGAUACAGAUAUAUACAUAGAACUUCAAGGGUCAUAUAAGUGUGUAGAUGCAUAAGUAAAUAUGUAGCUAUGUAGAUGAAUAUGUAGA